UAAAGAAAGUAUUGAUACAGAUGUUCAUCGGAUCCCUAUAACGAUCAAAUCUAGAGUUACCAAUGUCAAUUUAUUUAUUCAAUUGGUAAAAUGAUACCACGUAAAAAUAUAAAGUUAUGUAGCAGGACUUUAUUCGUUGCAGCUGUUAUGUAUCAGUUCUUCUUAAAUUUUUGAUCGGUAUAGUGUGAUUGAGGGAGAGAUUUAUUAAAGUAAUUUACAGUAUUUUAAAAUAUCUGCUGUGUUAUAUAUUUUUUUUGAUACGCUUUUGCAUCAUAAUUGUCAUCCCGAAUGUUUCAAUUUAAUCCACAAAAAAAACGCAUUAAAUGAUACCAGUAUAUUUUAAUAUUUCCACAAAGGUCAAAAUAUAAAUUCAUGCUUGUCUGAAAUAUAACGCAGAGGUAUUACAUAGGUUUUUGACGAAUUAUUAGUUUAGGUCGUUAUCAGGUAACUCCUGAACGAAGUUAUCCUAUCGUACAUAUACGGUCUGCGUGUCAGUAAUUACGAGCGAUGAUAAUGUCGUCACACGUAGAAAAUGAACAUGAAUAUUCCAUUUCAACAGGUGAAUACUGUUCGUACUUGACUACGUGUUCUUUUAUUCUUUAUUCUUAUUAGAACUAUUGUUCUGUACCAUAGAAAUUAUUAGAAUAACAUCAUUCUAUUGUAAGUAUGCAACAUUCUUUAUUCUAUAAAAUUACGUAACAAUUCAGAUGAAAGAAUUUUAUUUUCAAAAAGGGUAUCGAUCAAUACAAAUUCUUAUAUUUUCUUAUUGUCAAUCUAAUGACAGCGUUUGAAUUAUCAGUCUGAUCCAUCGAUCCUAACGAUCAACAAACUUUUCACUUGAAAGUUUGUUCGUUCGGCUCGAGUUAUCAUAUUGAAAGAAUAUUCUUCGCUUUUAAUAGGAAGUUAAUUCAUUAUUACGAGGUACUAAACUUCGGGAUAGACUUCUGAAAAUAUUUUCGGUAAUCUGCUGCACGUUGUUGUAAUUCUUGAUCAGUUGGCGUAUAUGCAGCGUAAGUCCUCAACCGUGCUUUUGCAAACUCCAAGUCCUGUAUUUAAAAACUGUUUUUAAUUUGUAACAUAUUUAUUUAUAAUAGACUAUCAUUAUACUGAUUACGUAAUAUAUUUCAUUUUCAGUUUAAAGCAUACAUGGUAUACAAAUAUUUAAUUUUAAUAAUCAUAUUUAUACCUUUAUAAAUUUCUGAUUACGAAUCAAUGAUUUUGUUGAAUUAAUGUGAAAAAUAGGCGUUAAAAUUCUUAUGUCGUUUUGUUCUUUCGAAGAGGUGUUAUUACUGCUCGCCUGUAUCGAUGCCGCCAUUAUUUAUAAUUUUUAAUAUUCAAGAUUAAUUAGUUUAUGCAUAUUCAUGGUGUAUUGUAAAUACAUACACAUCCGCUUUCAUUCGUAUGUGUAUGAUUAUUGUCGUUGCAUUAAAUAUUUUAAUAUUCUUCAAUUUAUCAAUAAUCUGAUAUAAAAAGAACGAUUGAUCUUAUUCGUAAUUUCAAAAUUUGAUAAUCAGAACUAAUAAAUCCACUAUUCUAAAGUUAAAUACAAUUAUUUGUAGUAAUUUUCAAUUCUUAAUUUACAAUAUUAUUGCAGAUUUACAUCUGUUUUCUUUUCUAAGCACGUAUGUGUAAUACAAACGACAUUUUAACACUUUCUGAAAGUGUUGAAAGGGUAUAUACAACACUCCUUCCCUAAAAACGCACACCUGUUAUUACUAGAAUGCGCGAAUAUUUGUAAAUUUUAGAAUAAUAUAUUUAUAGAAUAAAAAAUACUAAUUAUAUUAUUUAUGAACGAAUGAUUAUUAUAUAAUAAACAGCUGAUUUUACGAACUUAUCACAUGAUACUGCAUCUAUAUAUGCUCACAUAGGCAUAUUUUGAAACGUCAAUGUCACGAUGACAUUUUACGUUCUAAAUGUUGUAGAAUAAUAUACAAAUUUUAUUAUUUAUAGUUUAACACGUAGUAAUAUUAGUAAUAACACGUAGAAAUCAUGUUUAAGUUUAACAGUUUGAAUGGAAAAUCAUUUGUAAAUUCCCUCUGUAGUCCAUAUGUGGACUUUGUGUAUAUAAAAAGAUCUAAACAUCAACUUAAAAAAUGGUAUCAAGCUCUAGAGGUUUCAGAAGAUUGUGAAGAUGAAGCAUUAAGGCUAGCAUUUGUUUAUCUAGCAAAAAGAUUUCAUCCGGAUAGUGGUACAUCAGAAGCUAAUGCAGUCAAAUUUUCUGAGAUUGAAAAUGCUUAUAGACAGAUCAGAAAAGCAAGAAUGGAACAGAAAGAAAAUAAUGCACAGUUACCUGAAGUUGAGGAAUUUGAUAUUAGACAUACUGCACCGCAACAUCGUCAUUAUUUAGCAUAUAAUGUAGGGGUUGGAACCCCUAGUAAAAGACAAAAAUGGUAUACUAUAGAAAAAGCUCAAAAAGCUGUCGAUAAUGUAAUGGAACAUAGAUUAAAAAAAUUACAAGCUGAAGAACGUAACACGUUAGUUGGGAUGGAUAAACAACGCGCAAAAGAUAUUAAAACACGGUUAGGUAUGGAUCGUCUGGUGGAAGAUUUAAUUCAAGAAGCAAUGAAUAAAGGUGAAUUCAAAGAUUUGCCAGGCAUGGGUAAACCAUUAAAAGAAAAUAUAAAUACCCGGAAUCCAUACGUUGAUUUUGUUACGUAUAAAUUGAAUGAGAUAUUAAUAGAAAAUGGAUUCACUCCUGAAUGGAUACAGUUAUCUAAGGAAAUUAGAGAACAGAUACAAGAUCUUCAAAAACAGUUAGCAGAAGCGCGAAAUAACGUGGGUCCUAUUCCAUUAGAUUUUAAAGAAGAAGAAACUUGGAAUAAUAUUCUAGAUGAAUAUAAAUCUACAAUAAAACAAAUAAAUAAUAAAAUUGAUAAAUACAACUUAUUGGUGCCUGUACUUCAGAAACAAAUGUGUCAUAUUAAAUUAGACGAUCUCGCGAAAGAAGCACUUGCUAUAGCACCCAACAAAAUGAAAAAGUAUUCUGAUUCAAAAAAUAAAGAUUCUAAUUUUAUUGCUAACAAAGAUGACAGCAUAUUUGGAUUUAUAUUUUCAAUUUUCAAUAAAAAAUUGCCUUAAACAAUAGAUGUACUUCCCAGAAUUAUGUUUGUUUAGCUAUUUAUCUUGAACAAUUAGUCUUAAUAAAAGUAAAUAAAUGAGCAAGAAUUAUUUAUACUGAAAUAAUUAAAUCAAGUUUUGAGUUUAGUAAUUCCAUUCAAUUGAAUUAUCUUCUUUCAAUUGUAUUUUUUCGUUAGCUAAAUAUUUUAAAGCAAGAGGAAAGAUACGAUGCUCUUCUGUUUUCACUCGUUCUUGGAGAGUUUCUACAGUGUCAUCUGGUAAUACAGGUACUGCUGCUUGCUCAAUAAUUGCUCCAGAAUCUAUAUCAAUCUGUAACAAAUAUUUUUGAAUAUAUAAAGAAAGUAUUUUACUAAUA